AUGUUUGCCACUCGUUUGCUGGAAACAGCAAAAUUACAAUUGGAUGAAACAGCAAAUAUAUCGGCUAUCUCUGAAGAUGGUAAGNAGUCAUUAUUUAAGUGGUCUCAUGCUGCAACUCUCCUCUUGAUAGAGGAGUAUCGUCUUCAAGAAAAUAACCUCACAUCAGGUAAAAUGUCUCAGAAAAAAGUAUGGAANAAUAUUGCAGCAGCAUUAUCUGCUAAAGGGUAUAAUGUUACUGGAUCUCAGUGCCUUUCCAAAUUUCAUGGAAUGAAAAGAACUUAUAAGUCUAUAAAAGAUCAUAAUGCUAAAUCAGGUAAUAAUCCUAGGACAUGGCCUUAUAUGGAUGUAAUGGAGUCUUUACUUGGUGAGCGACCUUUCAUGUCGCCUCCAGCACUAGCUUCUUCAAGUGGUAUUCGUUCUAGUCCAAAAUCUGAUAGCGAAUCAAGUAGUUUGUCUAUAAAUUCAUNUAACAAUGAUUUACGUAAUCCAAGUCGGAAGCGUAAGGCACAAGAAGAUACAUCGAAAAUAGCCGAAUCAAUUCUUAAAAGUCGAGAGAUGGCAGAAAAGAAUAAAGAUCAGAAACACAAAGAAAAAAUGGAAUUUCGAAAAGAAAUGCUGAGUUUUAUGCAGAAAUUAUUAGACAAACUUUAA